GUGACGGUUGUGCGACGUUGGGUUGGGGUCAUAAACAUGGCGUGGAGAGGAUAUUUUGUCAAAUGGACCAAAACAGAAUGUAUAAAUUCUGUCUCCACAGUUUCGAGAGGUAGCAGGUUCAKCCUCCACCCCCAGCAGAGGUGUGGUUUCCGGAAAGAAGCGAGGAAACCAGAGACAUGGAAGAGGGACCGGGGCAUCCCAGAAGAAACAGGCCCUCCCCCCUCUGAGGCUGCCGAUGCGAUGGUGUCUCGGAAAGUGGUGCACCCUAAAACAGGACCCCCACCCCCUGGCGCGGCCCCCAGGCGUACGGGGAAGCUGUUCAAGCCCUUUAUGUUCACAAUAGGGUUUACAGGGUGCUCCUUUGGUGCGGCCGCCAUCUUGCAAUACGAGUCCUUGAAGUCACGAGUGAAGACGGCCAAGGACGAGGCUGAGCAGGAGAAAAGCGGAAAGGCAUCGCAAGACAUGACAUACUGGCACAACUGGUGGAACCAGCUAACAGACUUCCAGAAACAGGUCAUCCUGCUCAUGUCCUUUGUGGARGAUUUCUGGAGCAGCCUGACUGAGGGUCAGCAGAUGGCCACUGGGAUCAUAGCGGUCAAUGCUGUGGUGCUCUGCUGUUGGCGAAUACCCUCCAUGCAACGAUCCAUGGUCAAGUACUUUACUGCCAACCCAGCCUCCAAGACGCGGUGCCUUCCCAUGCUCCUCUCCACCUUCAGCCAUUACUCUAUAAUCCACAUGGCGGCCAACAUGUACGUCCUGUGGACCUUCUCCUCCAGCAUCGUCUCUCUCCUGGGGAAGGAGCAGUUCCUCGCUGUCUACCUCUCUGCUGGUGUGAUCUCCACUAUGGUGAGCUACGUGUGUAAGACCAGUACGGGACGCCUGCAUCCCUCUCUUGGGGCGUCAGGGGCCAUCAUGACGGUCCUGGCAGCGGUCUGCACCAAGAUGCCCGAGGCCAAACUGGGUAUCAUCUUCCUGCCCAUGGUCAGCUUCACUGCAGGCAACGCCUUGAAAGCGAUCGUUGCCAUGGAUGCAGCGGGUCUCAUUAUGGGAUGGAGGCUGUUUGAUCAUGCGGCUCACCUUGGAGGAGCCCUCUUCGGAGUGUGGUAUGUAGCAUACGGCCACAAGCUGAUGUGGAGGAAGAGGGAGCCACUGGUCAAGGCAUGGCACAGCAUGAGAUCUCAGGCCCCUGGUGGACGGGGCAGAUCUGGUGGUUCGGGCGGCGACGGGGGCAGGCCUGGGGGGUCGGGCGGCGACGGGGGCAGACCUGGUCCUGUGUAGGACCCCCAACAUGCCACUCUGGGAAGUUGGCCCAUAACCACUGAUCAGGUGUCAGAUAUUCUUCACACCCCCCAAUUGGUUAGGAUUGGCUGUAGGGGGUAUCUGAUCCUAAAUCUGUGGUUAGGGGGAAUCUUCUACCUCAAGAAGCCUUUUUUUGGUACGAAUGCCUGGUGAUAUCCAGCUGACAGCUGUGGAGGGCGGGACCCAGCACCCCAAACCUCUGUUCUUCUAAUUGGCGCGUUCCUCUGUCCAGGCGUUGCUGACGCAUGCCGUAUCUUACAACGUCUGGAUAGGUAUUUUAAGUAUCAGCCAACCACAUCAUAUGUUAUAGCAAUCUGGAGCUCGCCGGCAUGCAACGUCUGAGCAGGGGAACUCAACCAAUCUAAAUCAGGGAGAGUGGACAUAUUUGUGAUAUUUGCAUUUCAGACAGCACUCUAUUGUAACUAAGUCCUAAGGGAUGAUUAAUUUGGUUUGAUAAGUGGCUGUAAUCUAGUACAAAUGUUGGCGGCUUUAUCAUUAUGGGGUAGUUUCUAUGAAGAUGUGAGAUGUUACCAUAGAGAUAUUGUAUGUCUAUGGUUGAUACAGAGACUGCUUCCUGUUUGUAAGGAAGUGGUUAACGGAGAAUGACCGUCCUGGACUAAAACAACAAACUUCCUCAUAAGAACUUCAACUUCCUUGUAGUUUGUAGAUGUGCCGGCGUUGCCAGAGGUUUCUGAAAGGUUGAGGUGCUUAUAUCUUGGUAAAACAUUUUGUAAAUCCUGAGUCUUACAAAAAAAGGUACAUAACAAAAACGCCAAAAAUGUCCUCAACACUGCUGUACUCAUUUCAUGGUACUCUAUUAUUAAAAAGGUCACCUUCAUCUUCACUGGGGUAGUACAUUUGGGUUUAAAGGGAUACUUCAGGAUUUUGGCAAUUACGCUCUUUAUCUACUUCCCCAGAGUCAAGAUGAACUCAUGGAUAUCAUGUUUAUAUCUCUGCAUGCAGUAGAGGUAGUUUUGCUGGCGCAAGGCAGUGUCUCUGGACCCCUCGAAGGUCGGAGUUUGUCCCCCUCUCCUCCCUAAAAUAAAAAUCGAAUGCGUCAGCCAGACAGCCAUUCACAAAGUAUAGACUACAGAUUGCUGUCCGUGGUGCUGAAAUUGCGACGUGUCUAUGCAGCGGCCGAUCGAAUCAACCUGGUCUCAGAGCAUUUUGUAUUGUUCUGUAUGUAAAUCCGAGACACUCCAUUUAGUAUAAUAUGUUACUAAUAUGCAGAGCGCACAAUGUUAAAAUUUUGCAAUACGUGUUAUGUUAUGAAUUCUAGCUAGGUGGCUAACAUUAGCUAGGCUAGGGGUUAGGGUUACGUUUAGGAGUUAGUUUAAAGGGUUGGGGGAAUGGUUAGCUAACGUAGCAAGUAGUUAAAGUUGCUAAAAUGCUAAAGAGCUCCGUAAUGACAUUUGAACUUGCAACCUUUGGGUUGGUAGACAUUCGCGUUAUACGCCAAGUAACCAUCUGUCUUAUGUAACCAGACUAAAUGGAGUGUCCUUAGAUUUACGUACAGAAUAAUACGAAAUUCUCUGAGACCAGGCUGAUCGAAUUGAUGAUAGGCUUUCUGUGGUGCCCGAGCAUGUAGCCUAUAGCUUUGCUUCAGCUAAUGGAUUUGUUUAUUAGGCCUAUUUGGUUGUCAUUUUCUCAUGUUAAGCCUAACAUUUCACUAAGCUAUACAGGGUGUUGCAAGGCUGCCAUGAUUUAGACUGCUGGCCGGCGGCAAUAAUGUAAUUACUUGUUCUGUAAUUAAAGUUAGAAAUUCCAACAUUGCAGAUUGAUCAAAUACAUUUUCGGUACAACAGAAUACUAAUCGGCAACCAAUUGAUUAAAAAAAUACAACUGUCCUGUAUAGCUCACCUGAACCUGCAUGACAUGAGCCGUCCUCAUGCUGUCUCCCAGCUUGGAUAGAAAGUUGUGUGUAAAACCAGUCUAAUGCCAAAUAAUAGUCAGCACACCCUCAACACACCAGCUUACGCUGUUCCAUUAUGCAGUGUAGCCUAGCUAUCUAUAGCUAUAUACAGUAUUUAUACAAAUUACACAUCAAAUAGCCUAACAAUGAGGACAAAUCCUUGGAUACAUUUUGCCACAAUUUAGUGAACUCAGCAGGUUUUGUCUGGCUAAUAGAUUACAGAAAUGGGCUGCAAUCAAGGUAUAUUAAGUCCAACUUGAGACUCCCCCGAGCUUCCGAGACAUUUUACAUUAUAUGUCCAUUACGCUGCACACAAUUUAAACUUCGUCUUGAAUGAUGUAUGCCAAGAUAUACCAGAGAUCAGACUGUUGAUAUUGCUACCACACAACUCAAACACAGGAUCACCAGUAUGAAUAAAAUCGCAAACCGCUUUUUUAGUUUGAGACCCCCAAGAACUGUUGUCCAGUAUCCUAUACAGUUACUCUUUCCGGAACGUCUUGAAGCCGGCAAUUAAGGAGAAUGAGAACAUCUCAAUUAAAGAUGUUGCUAUGGCAAUCAAGCUGUUUUUAACCGUAACUGUUGCUUCUACCAAGAGAUGGUUUUAUAAACUAAAACUCACAAAGAACUACUUAAGAAUUAAACAUUAGGUUCUCGGUCUGAUAUGUGUUUUUUAACACCUGCCCAGUGGGCAAAACCUGGUUGAAAAGACGUCAGUAUGACUGCUCAUUCUAGUUGGAAAAGGAUGUUGUUGUUUUACGUAUUUGUCUGACCAAAAUACGACCAGUUGGUCAUAAUUGUGACCACUAUAUUAUGUAGCCUACUGGUCAUAGUUAAUACCAUCAUAACCUGGUAA